AUGGCGCGAUGGCUGCUCACCCUCUUCCUCCUUGCGCCGCUCGCAAUCAACGCACAACAACUCAGCGACGUGCCUGAUCUCGAGACUGCGACACAGACGACAGCGACAUCCACAGAGACGACCGAUGGCACAACAAGACAGACGACCGGCCGGACGACGCAGGAUGCGCAGUCCACACUCGCGCUCACGAAUGACCCGCAAACCACCACCGACGCUUCAUCUAGCGAUGGUGCCCUCCGCACACCCACCGCUACUCUCACCGAGCCCGCCGCCCAUCUGACAGAUGCUCCAACAAUCGCCGGUGCCGGCAUCCCCACCCUCGUCGUCCCUUGGACCGCCGGCGCACCUUUCAUGCAAAAGUCCACUCUACCUGAAGGAACCUUCUUCAUCGCCGUCGGCGCCACUCUCGCCUUCUUCGGUGCCUGCGUGCUCCUCUGGCGUCUGAUGGUCGCCUGGAGCGUGAAUCGUAGCGUCAAGCGGACGGCCAUGCUUGCUUCGAUGGGCGGCUCAUCAGAAAAAGGCGGACGCACCACCUCAUCCUACUGGGGCGGCAGCAGCGGCGCUGGCUACAACCGCAUGACCUCUAGUGGCGGUCCAGGUGGCAAGGGCGGAUACUACAAGGACGCCGGCUACGAGAGCAACGUCUCGCUCGACAACCUCACCUCCGCCGGCAAACCGAUGAAACCGCACUUCCGCGAUAGCGUCGUCGAGCGCAACGGCUCUGGCGGUGCUGUCCCACCUCCAAACCUCUUCUUCAGUCCAACGGCACAAGCUGCUUCCCACCGCGACUCCACGCAUAACGUUAACAAUCGGAAUAGCGCGUACAUGCCGUCCGGCUACUACGCCUCUCCCUCCGCGCAAGCCGCUGGCGGUAACUCGAAUAUCGCCAUCGGUGGCAACCUCGCGCCCGGAAGCUACGGCAACACGAACCGCUACAGCGCCGCCUCCGCCCCUUCACCACCUGCCUCACCUGGCUUGCCUCCACAAACACGAUCCAGCUACCGCCAAUCUGCCUCCAACUCACGAGCACAGAGCCGCGACGGCUUACGCGGGCAGAGCAGGGACGGGCUAAGAGCGCAGAGUAGAGAUGGAUUGGGCAGCAAUCGUAACUCGACGUACUUGUACGCGCAGCCGAGUAGUUCGAGUUUGAUGGUGGGCGGGCAGAGCGUGAGCGAUCUGACGUCGACGGCGCCGAGUCGAGCGCCGAGUGCGUAUUUGGAGGAGCUGUUCGAUAAUCAUGGGAGUGGGCCGAGGGAGAGGUUUUGA